AUGCUUAUUCCUGUACGAAAAGAGAAAGCCGGGCGACAUCUGUGUCCAAGGAGAAUGGCAGCUGCUUGGACGGAGAUCCAUAGAAAGGAAGUGAAGACAUUGCUCUCCAUUCCACUAAGAAUUAUGAAGAUAACGGUAUAUACAAAGCAUUACCGUUUAGCUAAAUAUUUUCCUAAACCCUGCUAUAACGAAGAAGAAGUCCAGGGACAUCAAAACGACUUCGGACUUCGAAUGGCGAGAUCACGCGUGCUUUCCCUGGCAGUGAGUCUGCUGGUGUUGGCAGAGUCAGCCCAUGGCACGUACCACAUAUCUCUGCCAACGGAAGUGACAACAGCUUCUGGAAGGAUCGUAGGAACUCUGGAGAAGUCGACGAAGGGGAAGACUUUCCUGGGCUUCUAUGGGAUACCGUAUGCCCAGUCUCCUGUGGGAAAUCUUCGCUUCCGGGAUCCAGUCAAAGCAACCCCCUGGAACGGCGUGAGGAACGGCACUCUCCCGCCGCCCCCUUGCCUCCAGGUCCCCUUCCCGCUGGCGCUGAUGGGGAUCAAGCUGCCUGCAGGCCAACUCGUGGGUUCAGAGGACUGCCUCUUUCUCAACGUGUUCACGCCAAGAACAUUCGCAAUGAGAGGACUGCCUGUCAUGGUGUUCUUCCACGGCGGUGCCUUCUUCGCCGGGGGAGCCUCCAUAUACAAGCCAGACGCCCUUCUCAACCACGAAGUCGUCUUGGUUGUGGUGCAGUACAGGCUCGGCGUUUUGGGCUUCCUCUCGACUGAGGAUGACGUGCUGCCUGGUAACUACGGCUUGAAGGACCAGGUGUUGGCCCUCCAGUGGGUACAGGAGAACAUCAGGAACUUCGGGGGAGAUCCGCAGCGGGUUACCAUUUUCGGCCAGAGCGGGGGCGGUACCUCUGUUCACCACCAUGUCUUGUCGCCCAGGACUGAAGGGCUGUUCCAACGAGCCAUCAUGCAGUCGGGCACUUCUGUCAACCCCUUUUCCGUGGGCAUCGGUCAUCGGCAGGCGGCGCAUACCCUAGGGGCGUCUCUCGGGUGCCAAGCCGAUGCUGGAAGCGAAGGGUUCCUUCAGUGUCUUCAAGCUGCCGACCCUCAAGAUCUGGCUGCUGGAUUCCAAAAUUUCUUAGUCUGGUUCCUCACCCCUCUGCUCUUCGUGCCGCGCGUCGACGGGGACUUUCUCCCCGAUGACCCCAAUGUGCUGCUGCGAGAGGGGAGGCACCAGCACGUCGACCUCAUUUCGGGGGUGACGGCACACGAGGGGGCACUCGGGACGAAACCUCUCUACUCCCGGCCGGAACUGAUAACUGACAUCAUGAAGAACCCCAGCAUCCUGCCUCUGACCGUCCUGUGUUGCGUAGGAGCGAAGGAUCCAAUGGCCGCGACGCUAAGGAUCUACCAACACUACCUUGGUGGUCUGAAUAUUAACGAUACAGAAGGGGUGACGGAGAUGAUGUCGAAUCAGCUGUUUAAGGUGGGCCACGACCUCGCCACGCAAUACCACUCGAAAAACGUUUCUCCCAAUAAGAAAACGUUUCGGUACGAACUCACCCAUCGUGGCCAGCUCUCCGUCGGCGAUAGUUUCGAAACGCCCGUCGGGAAGCACUGGGUCAUGCACAGCGAUGACCUCUUCUACCUGUUCCAAGUGGGCUCGCUGUUCCCUGCCCCGAAGAUCCCAGGUCGCCCAGAUGACCUCGUUCGCGAAGAUGACCUCAGGUUGCGAGACAUCAUGACGACUAUGUGGAGCAACUUCGCUGCUUAUGGGGACCCAACGCCUGACCUCAGUCUCGGGUUCAAGUGGGAAGAGGCCAGUGAGAAUGACCUUAAAUACCUUGAUCUUACACCAAAUCCUGUCAUGAUGGGUGACCAGCGAAAAGAGGUUAGGAGAUUCCACGCUUCACUGCCAACAAGCCAGAAUUACAUUUUCAACCCUGAACUUGUGAUUCCAUAGUCUCAUGAAUUAGGAUAUAUUUGAUAAUAAUCCUUAUAACUGUCUUAUUGUAGUGGGACUAUUCACCCACUCCUUGUCCUACCCCUCCCCCUCCACUUUGGUAUGACGAGUCCAAGGCAACAGUCCGAUUGAAUGAACCCAGUGGAAAAUGGGCGCCGAAAACUAAUUUCAGUAGUCUUUUGAGUUUUAAUCCUUCGUAUUUUUUAUUAUACUUAACCCUCGUGGUGGUAAUGCGGGGUGCCGCCCGUAAGCUACGUACUUGCUAAAAAAACUUUUAUUGCCACUCUCAUGCCCAAUAAUUUGUGUGAGGACACUGUCUUACCAGGAGUAUAGUGUCACGUAUAAUGAAUUGUUAUUAUACUAGUUUUAGCAACAUAACUGGACGGCGUCAUGCUAAUGGUUUGCCAUGCUUAGCGACGUCAUAAACUGUGACAAUACAGCCUCUCACGGGUAUCCAUGUCGAGACAGUAGCCAAUACCCAAGCUAGAGGGCGUAGAUACCCCGGGGAGAACCGGCAGAUCUGGUCUCGCCUACUUACCGCUCGGAACCCGCUGUUUUUUUAUCCCACACCGUAAGGUCACGGUUAGUAUGUAUUUUACCUGAAACUCACCAGUAUAUAUUUGAAACUUUGGGGACAGGUGCAAGGGCGGUGACCAUGUAAGCGAGGUGCUAAGACUAAAAUACACAAGCAAACAGCAUAUUGGUAUUCAUCAUUUUCCCCGGAUAAUUAGUGAUGACAAACAUUCAGUGUAAGAUACUGUUAGAUAUAAAAUACUCAGGCAUUGGUAAAGCUAAUUAGCUAUGCACAUGUAUAAGAGAAGGAAUAAGGAAGUAUAACUCAAAUCUAAGCCUUCCACAUAUUAAAGUUAACAACAUUUUUCUCUCGUAGGCCGUGACCUGGACUCCCCCAUUUAUCCCACUUUGGUCGCUACCACUUUACAUGCCCGGUGUACGAUGCGCGGGUGGCCAGGUGGUACUCGCAUCAGGUUAGUUAAGGUAUAGGGAAAGUACAGCCCAGGAUUCCAAGGGACAUUGACCUGGAAUUGUCCCAGUAUCAGGUAUUACGUAGCAGUACUGCGUUACUGCCACCUUCCAUUAUGAGUGGAUUAGUUCAAUUUCAAGAUCAUCCUUUCAAUAUAUGUAUUUGGUCCACCAGCAUUCCAAUCGUAUUUCAUUUCUGAAUCUCUUUCCCUCUUAAACGAGUACUGUUUUUUCUUUCUUUUAACAAUGAAAGAUAUACUACAACGAUGUCUACCGCAGGGUUUCUGCAUUAAAUUGUUACAAUAAUACACCAGAGUUUGUGUUUCUUAAGACAAUAACAUUAGGUAUUAAUUUCUUCGUUCUCGCACUUUUUUUUUUUCUUCCUUUCCCUUUUUCCCGAAAAAUUCUUCCCGUGGUCAGAAUGCGCUGUGACCUGAAACAUUUCGUUUAGUUUACAUUUUCCCCCCUACACAGCGAAACAUUUAUAUACCUUGUUAUUUGUAUUUAUCUAUUCAUUAUCAUUCGCUUAGCAAACGACGCUCCUAAUAUGCAACUAAUUAGGAAACAAGACUACAUUACAACUAUUUCCGUGCCACGUUUUUGUUCUACGCGACGCCACUACCCUGUCCGCCUCCAGCAGAUCAUAUAUAUGCUGGAUACCAUAACACUCAUGGAAGGUCUAUUGAAGUCUUUAUCUUUGUAACCCUAAAUUUCAUUAAUUAUCUGUUAACAAA